AUGCAAUCUUCGCCCCGUGCUCGUGCGUCCCCGUCUGUUUCGGGCUUGACGCCUAGCUCUCUGAACGAUUUGUUCAUUCCCCCCUCGCCUGUGCCCGACCGGUCCCGGAAGAGCGCGCGCCUGGCGUCCCAGGAUGCUGGGUCCGUCCGCACCUUCCUCGCGGCCCGCGGCGUCGAGCCAGCGGAGAUGUCAGGCUCUGGAUCUGGACCAGGGUCCGACUACGAUGAGGGGGAGUUGGUGGAGCCCUGCGAGCAGGAAGCCCAGUCCGGGGGCGCUGCUGAGCACGGAUGGUGA